AUGAGGUGCACUGUCGCACUGACGCUCGCCACGGGCUUAAUAUCCUUAACCGACGGCCUCCAAUUGGCCAAGAGAACAGACUCGGCACCAAAGGUUUUCGGUGCUGAAAUCCAAAGAAGACAUGUCUCAAAUCCCAUUGAGCGCGACCAAGCGAGGAGGAGAAGAAAGAGAGACAGUCUGCAGGAGACUCUCGACAACCUGGAAACACUCUACUUCGCAAACGCCUCCCUAGGAACUCCUGCCCAAUCACUCCGUCUCCAUCUGGACACCGGCUCGAGCGACCUCUGGGUGAACACUGAUGAUUCCGAUCUCUGCUCCUCUUCCCAGAACGACUGCUCGAGCUCUGGCACCUACAGCGCGAACGACUCGUCAACAUACGAAUAUGUCAACAGCCUGUUCAACAUUUCCUAUGUGGACGGCUCUGGUGCAUCCGGUGAUUAUGUCAAGGAUACCUUCACCUUUGGCGGCCAAAAUCUCACGGAUAUGCAAUUUGGUAUUGGCUACACGUCGACUUCGUCAGAAGGUGUCUUGGGAAUUGGUUACACCAAGAACGAAGUCGCUGUCAAUCGAGCCGGUCUCGCCGCUUAUCCCAACUUGCCCCAGCUUUUGGUCAACAAGGGAAUCAUCCAAUCCAAUGCCUACAGUCUGUGGUUGAACGAUCUGGAUGCGAGUAAAGGAAACAUCCUCUUUGGCGGCGUGGACACGGAAAAGUACCACGGCAGUCUAUCGACCCUCCCCAUCCUCCAGGAGGCCAGCCAGUACAGGGAGCUUAUCAUUGCGCUGACCGGCAUCGGCUCCAACGGCAACACCGGAACGUACUUAAACAGUAACACCAGCAGUACCGAUGCCGUCCCUGUGCUUCUCGAUUCGGGCAGCAGUCUCACCUAUCUGCCGGACGAUGUCGUCACCAGCAUUUACAACGAUUUCGACGCCGUUUACGACGAGAAUGAGGGUGCUGCCUUCAUUGACUGCGAUGCGGCUACCAGUUCCGACUCGCUGGAGUUCACCUUCAGCUCCCCCACGAUCAGCGUCCCGAUGAAUGAGCUGGUCCUCUUGGCAGGCUAUUCAAAGGGCCAAGCCGUCUGCAUUCUUGGCAUCAGCCCAGCCGGAGACUCCACUGCCGUGCUUGGUGACACCUUCCUGCGGUCCGCUUAUGUCGUAUAUGACCUCGCCAACAACGAGAUCUCCCUUGCUCAGACCAAUUACAACGCCACUGACUCGAACAUUGAGGAAAUCACCACUGGCACCGCUUCCGUUCCGGACGCAACCGGCGUCGCCAAUGCCGUGUCAGCCAUUGUCGUUGCCACCGGAGGCGCAAGGAACGGCGGCCUGGACGUCUCUGACAACGCUGCCAUGCCGAUGAAGACGGCGAUGCCGGUGGCUCCCAUCGCCGCCGCGGCUGCCGCGGGUCUGCUCUUCGCGCUUUAG